AUGCCGUCCUCCAAGUCGCCCUCGUCAAACUGGGACGAAGUCAAAUGGGUCGACUCUAAGCUGGAAGCCGGCUUGAGCAAUCCUCGCUAUGAAAGCUCAUUAUAUGGAGUGAUAAAUACGCUCCUGGGUCAUUGCUUUCCGGGCAAAGAUUACUUCAUUGUCAAGCCACAAGCAAGGCUGCGGCUGAGAGCCUCUGCCGACCACGAGAGCGACAACUCGGAUGAUGCCCGGUCUCAGGAUUCAUACGGUGAUGAAGUGGAAUCCAGGGCCGUCAAAGGCCCUGAGCCCGACAUAGUGAUUCCGGAUUGGGUGGUGUCGAGAGUAGUCAAUGCCCUCCAUGAGGAACCCCUCGCCAUUGUGGAAGCAAAGGUAACGGAUGACGAAGGCCUGUGGCAGCGGACGAAAGCUCAAUUUCAGCUCCAAAUGGGGCGCUUGGCCAGCAAGACCCAACGGCGCCCCAUCUUUGGCGCCAUUGUCAGUGGGACGACGGCAUACUGCUAUAUCAUGACCGGUUCCAUGACUCGUCACAACACCGAGCGACUCUCAAGCUCAGGCUUACACGGAGCUGCCCUUGCCUCGGACGAGUGGCGCAGGUGGCUCGAUCGCGUGCAUAACGAGGGAUUGACGAUUGCCACUGAGUGGGAGUAG